AUGCCAGAUUAUGGCCCCGAAUGCGCUGGUGCCACUGUCAAUGCAGCUGGGAAUUCAAUUUUUGGCAUCAGCCUUCCCUUCAUCGGGACAUUGUGCGCGUCGUUGUGCACGGCCUCGCAGGUCAAGAGGGGAGACAAAUACCGUGAUGACACUCGCGCGUUGUUGAAGAAGCACUUCCAAGACUUUCAUCCAGGCACCAAGGUGGAGAUACGGAAUCACCUCCUCAGCCUGGAAAAGACGAAGAAACGUGUAGACAGAACUAGUUGGUGGAUUCAGAAACAAGCAACUAAAUACCGUGAGGAGGCAGAGGCACUGUUCAACAUGGUCGACGAUCUUUCCAGUCAUGUUGAAACCAAGACGCUACUUAGACAGAACAACAUGAGCUGUGAAACCAUCGCCUCAGUCAUUGGCCCUGAAAUCCCUGAUGUGAUUCCUCUCAAGUCGAUCAAGCCCACCAACCGUACACGUACUCCUGCUCCGUCCAUUCCGGAAGCUCGUGCAAAUGCCAAGCCUGUCUCUGAGUCUAUUCCCUCAACAAGUCAGCGUUUGCUCCCGAACCGCUUGGGUACUCAAGAUCCCACAGUACCAACUCUCAUCUCAGACCAGGCAGGGCUCCCAUCGCGUCCGGAAGCAGCACGUAUACGAGCAGUAGCGACGAUUACGCCGGCUGCCAAUGGGAAUGCCUCAGACGAGUCAUUGGGUCUUCGUGGGUUGUUCCCGACCAGUUCUAGAGGUCGAGAGGACGUUCAGUAG